AAAUGGCCAGAUGAAACGAGCCCAUGUGGCCUGUGUAUCACCGAGGCUCGUUAAUGAAAGUUCCAGCUUGUGCUCCAUGCCGCAGCCUCCCUGUGUGAACAUGUUCUGGACUCAAUGACUGACGCUGACUCUGCGCUGGCAGGCAGGCUGUGUGUCUGAGCGGACAUGAGAAGCGCUAGGUGGUGGAGGUGAGAGGAGCUCCAUCGGCGUAAACAGCAGAAGCCAGGCGACACCCCCACCCCCCCUCACAGAUAAGACCGGGACACGGCCCGGGUGCAGCUCCGGAGGCAGCGGCGGCUCAGCAGACAGACUCGGCCAUGGCUAACAUCGCGGUCCAAAGGAUCAAGAGAGAGUUCAAAGAAGUUCUCAAAAGCGAGGAGACGAGUAAAAACCAGAUCAAGGUGGACCUGGUGGAUGAGAACUUCACAGAGCUGAGGGGCGAAAUAGCAGGACCACCAGACACGCCAUACGAAGGUGGCAGAUAUCAGCUUGAAAUAAAAAUCCCAGAAACCUACCCGUUUAACCCCCCAAAGGUGCGCUUCAUCACAAAGAUCUGGCAUCCCAACAUCAGUUCAGUGACCGGCGCCAUAUGUCUGGACAUUUUGAAAGACCAGUGGGCAGCCGCCAUGACCCUGCGGACGGUGCUGCUGUCUCUACAGGCUCUUCUCGCCGCGGCGGAACCGGAUGAUCCGCAGGACGCAGUAGUCGCAAACCAAUACAAGCAGAACCCGGAAAUGUUCAAACAGACGGCGAGGCUGUGGUCGCACGUCUACGCGGGCGCUCCCGUCUCCAGUACCGACUACACGCGGAAAAUAGACAAGCUCUGUGCCAUGGGCUUUGAUAAGAAUGCAGUAAUAGCGGCCUUGUCUUCAAAAUCCUGGGACGUGGAAACGGCGACAGAACUCCUGCUCAGCAACUGAGGCCCAUCCAGGUGCGGGGAUCCAAAAAAAACAAACAAAAACAAAACAAAAAAACCCCAACAACCCCAAAACUAAAGGCCUGCCGCCAUCAGAGCGCCUCAGCUCCGCCGUGGCGCCACGCCCGCCACCGCCGCCGCUGCUUUUUGCUAAGCAGACGCGACCCUGUCACAUCCAGCGCAGCAGUCUGAACCUUCUUUCCUUAAUGGGUCGCUACAGACACACCGGUAGCGCCACAGUUGCCAAUAUGUUCACCACUCUGUUGCCUGUCCGUCACGCUGAGGCUUUCCUUUGUCUUGACUUGAAAUGUGUGCCCCUGUUUAUAGGCCCUCUCCACAAAAAAAAAAAAAAUCCCACAUUUUCUUUUCCACCCUCCCUUUCACCAAUUGAAUUCGGCUCCCGGUGUCCGGUGGACUCCGGCGGGGUAAGACCUAAGGGGCCGUGUGUUUAUUUCCUCGGCAGCGCAUCAUAUUCUCUCCUGCAGGCUGUCAGUGCUGUUUUUAAAAGCUGGAUUAAAUCUACUUGACUCG